AAUUGGAUGCUGGCAAAUGUGGACACCAGAAUUUUUUUGUGAAUAACGCGAGGAGGCAGCCUGGAUGUUCUUUGCUGGAAAAUACCGUCCCUGUUAUUAACUUUAUGAAAGAUUUUCCGGAGACAUAUUGCGAUCAUAUUAGAUCCAACACUCUAUGGUCAGAAUCCCUCCGUCGUAAGGACUGCACCUUCAGGGCUGUCAAGUGCAAGAGUUACGAAGCUUUUGAAAGGGGAGAGUGCACGGAGUUCAACUCACCUGUGGCCAUUAUGGGGAUCCAAGCGGGACAUGUGCCCGGAGUAGGUCCAGAGGACACCCUCUACCUAGACACCUGGGCCGAACCACCCUACUGCAACGAAAACAAUGUCAUUCCGAGGGCUAUGAGGAAAGUCACUCCAAAACCUCCCACCAAAUGGAUGUUGAACGAAUGA